AUGGCCUCACUUCUCCGCCAGAUAGUUGCAGGCCCCCGUGCCAGACAUCCAGAAGCAGGCCUCGACCUGUGUUACGUGACAGACUACAUUGUCGUCACUUCAGGACCCAGCUCUGUAUGGCCUAGAAAAGCCUACCGAAACCCCUUAGACCAGCUGGUCGCCUUCCUCGACCGGAAACAUGGCGAGGAUUGGGCUAUUUUCGAGUUUCGAGCCGAAGGCACAGGAUAUCCUGAUUCCGAGGUCUACAACCGAAUCCACCACUUCCCAUUCCCAGACCACCACCCUCCUCCCUUCGCCAUCAUUCCGAACGUCAUGGCUGCAAUGCGCAAUUGGAUCCAGCGAGUAGACGAAGAUGCGGACACAAAUAAGGAUAAAGACAAGAAGAGAGUUGCUGUGAUACACUGCAAAGCGGGCAAAGGCAGAAGCGGGACGGUCGCGUGCUCAUAUCUGAUCAGCGAGGAAGGGUGGAAGAAAGAGGAAGCGCUCCAGCGAUUCACCAUCAGACGUAUGCGGCCUGGGUUUGGCGUUGGCGUCAGCAUCCCGAGUCAGUUGCGUUGGGUUGGUUACGUGGAUCGGUGGGCAAACAGUCUCGGCAAACGAUACAUCGAAAGACCUGUAGAGGUUGUCGAGAUCCAUAUCGAGGGCCUUAGAGACGGAGUCAAAGCUACAAUAGAGGGCUACGUGGAUAAUGGCCGUCGCAUUCGAACGUUUCAUACCUUCAGUCGGCAAGAGAAGACUGUGGUGGAGGAGACCAACGCCAAACAAUCAAAACCUGUUUCGGAGGGGAAAAAAGACAGCGAAAUCCUUAGCACACCGCAGAACGCGUCUCCACAAUCAUCUUCGUUGAGCCUGAGCAAAAACUCUUCGGGUUCAACUCAAAACGUCAUCCUGAAACCAUCUUCGCCAGUGAUUUUGCCAACCAGCGACAUAAACAUCGACUUUGAACGACGAAACAAAGCAGGGUACACGGGACUUACGAUGGUUACGGCCAUUGCACAUGUUUGGUUCAACGCAUACUUUGAAGGAGGCCACGAAGGGCACAAUUCAGGUGUCUUUGAGAUUGACUGGGAGGCGAUGGACGGUAUCAAAGGGAGUUCCAGAAAGGGUACCAGAGCCCUCGACAAAUUGAAAGUCGUUUGGCAGUACACUAAGCAAGAAGGAGACGGUGCUCCUGUCGAGCGAGUUAUUACAGAACCUCAAAAGGGCGAACCAGUUCCCGAGAGCCAACCAGCAAAUUGGCAGGGUGAAAGCGACGAAGAGGUGCAACCAGCCGAUGGCGUCGAUAGCGGCCGAAAGGGAGGUGCUCCCCUCACCAUGAGCGCUAUGGUCAGUCAAGGAGCGAGUACCUUGGGCAAAGAACUUGGCCUCAGAAAGUCCCGUGCCGACAGUGCGGAUGUAAGUCGUGCGUCAAGUGUCAAGGGCGGAUGCACAACUUCGGACAUGGGCACCGCUGCGCAACGAGUCGAGGAUUCAGAAGAACAAGGUGUGAAGCAAUCUGGUCCACAAGGCGAAGCCCUUUCAUACGACGGCACGUCGGACCCGGAGGGUGGAAGCAGACAAGACACGAAAACUGGUCAUGUAAUGGAGGCUGGAUUGGCCAAGGUUGCUCACGUGAUCUCAAAGAUGAAGCCGUCAGAGGACAAGGCUGCGAAAAAGGGAGAUGAAGUCGCCGACCACCAGGCGGACAAGGGGGAUUCAUUAUGA